AUCUCUAAGAAAAACAACAAAAAAAGCGAUCCACCUCGACUUACACCGUAAUUCCGUCUUCGCCGACCUCUUCACCUAUUCACCAAUACCCAAGACUCUAUUACGUACGGUACAAUAUCCAACUUUAGAAACGCGUACGGGGACAAAUAUUAUUCGGCCAUGUCUGCGGACGACCAACAAUUUUUGGACUUGCUUUCGUCCAUCCCUAACCACAUCCGACGAUACUCUGAGGAAGUCGCCGGCUAUGUCGAUAAGACUGUCGAAAAAGUAGCGGAUGAAGUCCGAGAUACUUUGGCCACCGCUCCGUGGGUGCCCGAUUAUGUACGACCGACAAUCCCGGCUCGACCACCGCCCGUCGUGAUCGUACCCAUCACCACCUACGAACGGGUACAUGAUUGGAUCUCCCGCAACAAACUUCUUACUGGUAUAAUAGUGGUUUCUGUUGGAUAUGCUUCGUACAAGACAUGGCGGGCAACCAAAUUACUGCGCAAAACUCGUCGAGCAAAGCGGGCCCGAAAUGGUGGAAGGCUAGAGGUCGUGGUUAUUGCCGGGUCGCCGACAUUACCGUUAACAAAAUCAUUAUCCCUAGAUAUGGAGAGGAGAGGAUUUAUCGUCUACGUCGUUUGCAAUACUAUCGAAGACGAAGUUACCGUACAAAGUCUCUCGCGUCCGGACAUUAAGCCGUUGGGCAUCGAUAUCACCGAUCCCACAGCAGCCGGCCAAUCUAUCGAACGAUUUGCCGCAUUUCUACAAGCCCCGCAUGCUCCGGUUCCUCGAGCGAAGCCGAAUUAUCUAACCCUGAAAGCGGUUAUUCUAAUCCCUUCUCUCAACUAUCAAACCUCUCCGAUAGCCACGAUCCCUCCGUCGAGCUUUGCCGACCUUUUCAACACUCACCUAUUACACCCCAUCCUAACGAUCCAGUCCUUCCUACCACUCCUCACCUCGAAGAUAACACCCUACGGCGAGAAAUCCGCCACACCCCGCGUCCUAGUCUUCACACCCUCUAUAAUCUCCUCCAUCAACCCCCCGUUCCACGCCCCAGAAGCCACAGUCUGCUCCGCACUAUCCGCAUUCACUGAAGUCCUAACAGCCGAGCUCCGCCCCCUCUCUAUCCCCGUCACACACAUACAACUCGGCACCUUCGACUUCACGGGUUUCACACCGGUGCGGGGUCCGUCCCCACAUACCCACUCGCAUAACUCGGUCCUGUUGACUGCGAAUGAUACACGGCAGUGGCCGGAAGCUGCGCGCCAUGCUUACGCAAGGAAUUAUGUUUCCCAGUCCGGCUCUGCUAUCGCUGCGGGUCGGAUUGGGGGUCUGCGUGGUAGUUCACUGCGGGAUUUGCAUAAUGCUGUGUUCGAUGUUGUCGAUGGGACCGAUCUUAGUGAUGUCGUUCGCGUUGGACUCGGUGCGGGGAUUUAUGGGUUCGUUGGGCGAUGGGCUCCGCGGGGUCUUGUUGCUUGGAUGAUGGGGAUCCGACGUGUGCACGAGCUCAGCUCGUGGGAAGGCAGUGGAUCCGGGAAUGUUAGUGGUAGUGUGAGUGAAGGUGGAAGUGGGAGUAGUGAGAAUGGCGAGGGUAGCGAGUUUAUUGCUGUUGCUAGGGAUGAUGAUGGGGGACAUAAUGUCUGGAAGGAUGGUCUGAGGUAGAUGGUAUCUACUCCUACCUCAACAUAUUAGAAUGGGUUGGCGGUUUGCAAUUUCGCCUUUAUGGAAUGGUAGGGAAGGGGGUAUGGUGGUGAUAUGAUGAUUUAUGAUUGGUUAUGAGGUGUAUAUAUGAUAUUAUGAGACCGGCUCCCUUCCAUGCUUGGACAUAGUUCACUGCUUUUGCAUGAAUAAGAUAUUUAGUUUGAAUCACAUAUAGAUAUAU